AUUAAACACUUUAAUUUAUGUAAAAGAGGGAGAAAAUUAUUUGAUAUGAAUAUUUCAAGUCGGGUCAAAUGCUCCAUGUGCGCAGCGAUUGUCUGGUCGACUGUAAUGUUCAUGGUGCCACUGACAUUCGCGCCAGCACUAAACUUUUUUGAGGCUAGAAUCAGUAGGUCAUUUGACCCCAGCUGGCGCGAAAGUAGUAAAAUGUCGAAAAGAGCCCGCACUUCGCGUUCGCAGAGCCAAAACGCGUCUCAGUUGUCUCAGACAAGGCUCGUGGAACAUUUGACGCAGUCUCAAUUCUCAAUUGACGACGCUGUGAACAAUUGUGUGCGUUAUAUUGUGUAUAAUGGGGGCCAAAAUGCGUACUUCCGUAAAGCCGACAUUCAGAAACACUGUGCGCCUAGAGCUGGCCACUUUCUGCAACAAGUGAUUGAAAAGACGACGCGAAUUUUGGAACAGGUUUAUGGCUACAAGCUGCUGGUUUGUGACCAAACUGCGACCAGUGGUAAAGGAUUUAUCGUAACAAACGCCUUGCCUUAUAAAAAUUACAACCUUGAUCAAGAGGAACCUGAUAUUAAGGAUUGCCAAAAAAUCUUACUUUUGCUGAUUUUGAGCCACAUUUUCAUGUCUAACGUGGCAACACCUGAAGCUUCUUUACAUGCAUUUUUGGAGCAUUUUGAAAUUGACGUUAAUGUGAGACAUCCUAUAUUUGGAAGUGUCAAAGAUUACAUCAGUACCUUAAUCAAACAAAAAUAUUUAGCCACAGAGACGGAUCCAGUGACCAAAAAAAUCAGCUAUAGUUGGGGCAUACGCUCCGAGGCUGAAAUAAGUAAACAUGCAAUAUUAAGCUUCGUCUGCAAGGUGUACAAGGACCGCCAACCUAAAAGUUGGACGAAUCAAUACAAAGUCGCCAAUGAACAACAUUUAGAGAACGACAAUGCCGACUAAUUAAUUAAUUAAAUUGAUAAUUAAUUUUUUGUUACUGUUUUUAUUAAUUAAUAAAGUUUCCAAAGUAGGCUUUGGCUGUCAUUUUGCAAAAAUCAAGUGAUUGAUGCGCUUGCAACAAUGAACUUGAAUCAGUCUUUUAUCCACAAAAAACGGCUCAGAAACGGCCCGGGAUUCCCCACUUUGAAGGUCAAAACGGUGAUGGGGCCCCCGACACGUCCUGUCCCCAGGAACCGGAGCAAUCGACCAAAAAGUGCCUCCACGCCAUCGUCUGGGACAAACUGGGGUCCUGCCUGCCCCAGUAUUUUCAAUAGUUCGGUCCUGCGGUCUGGGGGCACAACUAUGUCGUCGGAAAACGAGUCCAGAGUAAUUGCGGCUUUGACCGAAGGGCGGGGCGAAGCGCGGUGCGAAGUUGGCUUAGCAUCAAUCGAUUUGUCAAUGCCAACUUUGAUUCUGUGUCAAAUAUCGGAUUCGCAAAACUAUAUUAACAUCCUGACUAAAAUUAACAUCCUGAAUCCAACCGAUAUUAUAGUGCCUUCCACGUUCCUGGAAGGUAAAAACCGGUUGGUUGAAACGUUAAAAACGAAAUUCCCCAAUAUUAAGAUUCUGGGGAUCCCCCGAAAAACUUUCAAUAAAACGAACGGAAUGGAGCGAAUUUUGGAGUUGUGUUUGCCGUCGAUUAAUACGAUUUGUAUCGGCCUUCAGCAUAAGUAUUACGCUCUAGCUGCAGCUUCGGCCCUCACCACUUAUCUGCAAACCUACCUUAAUAUUUAUUAUGCGAAAGAAUCGAUCAAUAUUUCGUAUCAAGAGUCCGAAGGAUACGCAAUAAUUGAUUUUUCGACCGCGGAUCGAUUAGAGCUCGUUUCGAGCACUAAACCGUUACAAGCCACUCGAUACUCAACGCUUUUUGGUGUUUUAAAUCACUGUGUGACCAGAGUAGGCGCCCGCCUACUUCGAUCCACCAUCCUCCAACCCCCAUUUUCCCGCACAAAUAUUGACAAAAACCUACAGUGUGUCUCGGAAUUAAUCAAACAUCCACAAGUUUUACUCUCUAUACAGGCGAUUUUGCAAAAAGUGUCCAACAUUGACCAGCUACUAACCCUCACAUCGCUUUCAACCGAAACAAAUGACAGUAGCUCGGUCCGACAAUUGAAUUAUUUGUUACUUCUGAACGGUUUAAUUGACUUGAUUGAGCCGUUGAAAGACGUCAUUGGCACCUGUCAACACCCUUUUUUCAAAGAACUGAAAGAAACUCUCGAGAGUGAUAAUUUUGUCGACAUCGCCAACUUGAUAAGAACUAUGAUACAUCCAUCGGCACAAUUUGCCAAAAGCGGAGAUGGCAUUGCGCAACGUUGUUUUGCCAUUAAAUCGGGAAUCAACGGCCUGCUUGAUCUAGUGCGAAAAACCUAUUCCGAAAGAUUGAACGAUAUGACGGAAUACGUGAAACAUUUGUCCAAUAAAUAUGACUUGCCUCUAACCCUAGGGAAUAACAAUACGAAGGGUUACCACAUCGUAUUUAAGCUAAAUAGCCAACAAAAACGAACGUUCAAAAAAUCUGAUUUACCGGAUGAAUUUAUUCAAGUCUAUCGGUUAGCUGCGAGCUUUACCAUGAAAACGCUCGAAUUGAUUAACUACUCGACCAGAUUAGAGGACAUAAUGGUCGAAAUUUUGAAAAUUAGUAACCUAAUGGUGCGCAACAUAAUAACCGACUUGAAGCAACAUUUGGGGUUUUUCUACAAGUUGUGUGAAGACCUAGCCCGCUUAGAUAUGUUGCAGUCAUUGGCUGAAGCAAGUAGGCGUAGCGGUUACACGCGUCCCAAAUUCGGGGACUUUACCGAACUUACAAACGCGCGACAUCCAAUGUUGGCGUUACUAAUCGGCGAACAAAGUGUUGCCAAUCCUAUUUCGAUAUGUCCCGACUAUAAUGUGCAGGUUAUAACCGGUCCGAACGGUUCGGGCAAAAGUAUAUACAUCAGGCAGGUGAUGUUACUACAAAUUAUGGCACAGGUUGGGUGUUAUGUUCCCGCAGAUGCGGCUAUUUUUCGCCCAAUGGCCCGAAUGUUCGCGCGUGUUUAUCUGGAAGACGAUAUGGAAUACAAAGCUUCGUCUUUUAUACUUGAAAUGAAAGAAGUGAAAUAUAUGAUGACACUACCUUCGGAAAAUUCAUUAUUUAUUAUUGAUGAGUUGUGCAGAAGCACAGCCGCCGAUGAGGGGGCUAAUCUAGCAAUGGCUUUUUGUGAAACAUUCUGUACAACUACGGCUUUUGUCUACGUAACGACUCACUACACCUCGCUUGCUAAUCUCAAGGAGAUGUAUGUCAAUGUUAAGACGUGGCAGAUGGAGACGGAAGCGACCGGGGAAACCCCCCAAGAGCUCAGUUUAGCAUUUAAAUACCGGUUAAUCCCCGGUGUGACAAACUUGAAGCAUUAUGGCGUCUACAUCGUCAAAAAAAUAUGGCCUGCCAGGAUUUUAGACGAGGUUUACAGAAUUUUGGAAGCUUGUGGAAAACCCCCAGAGGUUCGGAAAUAUGAAGGAGUCAAUGAUGCAAUUAGACUUAAAUAUAAAUUAGAGUCAGACAUGCGCAAACUCAAAAGUUUGGGAAAACUAACCCGAGCCGCAAUUAAUAAAUUACUGAACGAUUAUGACAACGAUUUGCGCAAAAUUAACGUCAACAUUGACUUGUCUGGAAACCAAAACGUGAUCGAGUUUUGCGACGAAAAUUUCAAAGGUGUCGAGACACCACAGUCGUUCAAGGACGUGUUUGAGACUUCGAGUUAUCGGAAUUUGUCCAAUUUUUUGCGAGAGGACAGCGACAAUGUUAAUAAACUCGUACCGGAAAUUAGUAUCGAAAGUUCCGAAAGGGACUUGAGGGUUAGUGAAGGCGACAUAAUAAAUAACGACAACAACGAACCAAUUUUUAACAAAACGAAUUUAAGUGAAGACGAACAGAAACUUCUUGAAGAAGAGUUCGAAAGCUUGAGCAGAAGUCUUCUAGAAGACGACGCCGAUUUUGAUUUCUCUUCGUCCAGUUCGUACAAAACCGCGUCCGAAGAACCGAAAUCAGAAAGCCGCCAACACAUUUUCCCCACAGUUCGAAUAAUUGACGGUCCCCUAUGGUCAUCGGAUUCUGACAGUGGACCAGAUGGUUCCGAAUCCAUCAGUUACUCACCUUUGUGUUCCCAGUUCAGUUUUUCGCCAAGUCUCCACGACCAAACAACAACCAACAAAGAAUCAAAGACAAGUUCGAGUUCGCUGCAUUUUAUUGCAAAAAGUGGGGACGAAACUACGCAAUUAUUGGCCGAUAGUUCGUCCAUUGAACAAACCAAGUCAAAAAGCAACUCUUCGUCGAGCAAAGACAGUUUUAAGAAAAUAAGGCGCAACAAGCGCUUCAUUCCGCCUAAGAAACUCACCCGGAGGGAGAUACAAGAGGAGUUUGCCGAACAGGACCGAAAGAUUUACGAGGCGAAUUUGAGCCAAUCAGAUUAUUCGAAAUACCUGUCACACAUUUUGAACAGGCCGUCCAUUCGUCAAAUCCAAAAUUCGGAAUUUUUGGCUUUUGGGCGUAAAACAGACGAUGGUGUGGAAGUGAUUCCGGCGAAACCGGAACCCAAGAAAACCAAAACAAGCUUUAAAAGAAAGCUCUCGAGCAAUAACACCUUCGAUAUGUCCAUCUUCAGUGACAAAAACGCGAAACGUUUCGACGAGUUCUUGAACUCGUACGAACGCGAUGUCAAACAAUUCAAGUUUAGUUUUGGGACGCAGAAGAAGAACGAAGAGUUUAAUUUUCAGCCGCAGAGUAUCUCCGACUAUAUGGCGGCGGCUGAAAAUAAACCGUUUUCGUUCCCUGCUUCGCAAAAUUCGGAGCAGUUUCAUUCGUUAGGUUCCGCCACUCCGAACUGCUAUUAUAAGGAAAAUAAAGAAAAUAUUGACAAUAUCGUCAAUAAGUAUUUACAACCACCGGAAAGUCUUUUCGAGACUCCUGACGAUUUCAACGAACAAAACUUCAAUUUGUAAUGAUUUGAAUAAAGAUCUAGUUGUUGUGUU